GCUACAAAGGCAGCUCGCAAGUCUGCUCCAGCCACUGGAGGUGUCAAGAAACCCCACCGUUACAGGCCUGGAACCGUUGCUCUCCGUGAGAUCCGCCGUUAUCAGAAGAGCACUGAGCUGCUUAUCAGGAAACUGCCUUUCCAGCGCCUGGUGCGUGAAAUUGCUCAGGAUUUCAAGACUGACCUCCGCUUCCAGUCCUCUGCUGUCAUGGCUCUCCAGGAAGCUUCCGAGGCUUACCUCGUGGGUCUGUUUGAGGAUACCAACCUGUGCCCCAUCCAUGCCAAGCGCGUGACUAUCAUGCCAAAG